AAGGGUUCACGUUCUUCCGGUUGGUGUGGGAAAUGUGAUGUGAGGAGUUGGUGAAGAUCGAACUGUCAUACCUACAGUGGUGAAAAGCUCGGGGCUGCGAGAGGAGAGCGCAAUGCCUUGUCAGUCUUGUCAUGUCGACGACCAUGACACGUUGGAGCGUUACGCACGAGGGAUGUCAACAAUUUAGAAAUCAAAAAGUGCCCCAAAUCAGAUAGGUAUUAAUGAGCCUUUAGUGGUCACCGUAUUGCUUCAUUAUUUUAUAUUUGGAUAUCAAUACACACCAACAAGUGGAAUUAGUUAGGAGCCUGGAUCGAACCUUUUGCAGUCCCUUUCAGCAAUGGAGAAGCAAAGGGCUCUACACAGCCCGGAGUCUAGUGAAGGGGAGAGCGUUUCUCCUUCUCGCAGUCUGCCUUCGCCGCCCAUCCUGCCUCUCCAAGCAGCGCAGCAAGCGCACAGAACCACGAACUUUUUUAUUGACAAUAUUCUGCGGCCAGAUUUCGGCUGCCGGAAGGAGCAUGGUUUAGGAGCUAGGGAACGUGCGCAGACUUCCAGCCGAGAGCGCGCCCAACCUUUGGUCGCCAGGCCGAAUCAUCCUGGAACCCCAUGCCAGGACUCUAACUGCAGCAGCGACAGCACUUCUUCCUCCACCUCGUCCUUGGCCUUGUCUCCCACCCCCCAAAAGAGCACCUCGUCAUCGAAGGCUGACGAGAGCUCUGGAGGCAGCACGCCAAAGUUCGGCGAGAACACAUCUUCUGUCAUGGUUGUGAACGGCGGUAGUGGCGGCGCAGCGCCCAAAGCCGAGUCCCAGCCGCUGCUGUGGCCUGCUUGGGUGUACUGCACUAGAUACUCGGACAGGCCGUCAUCUGGCCCAAGGACACGGAAAUUGAAAAAGACGAAAAAUGAGAAGGAAGACAAGCGACCCAGAACGGCGUUCACGGCUGAGCAGCUCCAAAGACUGAAAACUGAGUUCCAGGCCAACCGUUAUAUCACGGAGCAGAGGAGACAGUCUCUAGCUCAAGAGCUCAACCUCAAUGAGUCACAAAUCAAAAUCUGGUUCCAAAACAAACGGGCGAAAAUAAAAAAGGCCAACGGCUAUAAGAACGGCCUGGCUCUCCAGCUGAUGGCGCAAGGAUUGUACAACCAUUCCACCACCACCAUUCAGGAAGACAAGGAGGAGAGUGACUGAGACUUCGCUUGCAGGAGUCACCUUUUGGGGGCACAAUAUUUGUGGAAAGUCGAGGCUAUUGUAAAGAGAUUUUCCAUUAGUUGAUAGGGCUAAAUGUGUAGCGUAUAUGUGGACAUAAACUAUCGAAGUAUGCCUACAAACUACAAACAUGAAUGAAAAUGAAUAGCCCAUAAUGAGACGUUGUAUAUUUAAUUUAAGAAGAAGGGGUAAGCUAUAGGAAUAUGACUACUCAUCCCGCACUUGCUGGAUAAUUAUAUGAUUGUUAUCUUUGUCGCUUUAGGCCUAAUGUGUUGUGAUCUCUCUCUUAUAUCAAACCUCGAUGAACAUACAGACUGUGAUCUGCCACUUCAAGCCAAAGAUUUUAUCGGAAAAAACAGCCUGAAAAAAACUGAAUCUCCCUGUUAUCGUACCUUUUUCCUGAACUGCGAGUCUCUAACAAUCAGUAGACCGCUGUUGUCAUUAGUUGCCUGCCGCUUGAUGUAAGCCCCUCAGUUUGGGUGGAAAGGAUAUAUGACUCAACUCGUGUUGGAUUCACCUUAUAUUGGAAUACUACAAAGACAGCAGCAUCAGACUCUCUUGAAAUAUAUGUAAUCUCCCUCCAUGAUUAGAGGGGAUGCAUAUACUAAGCUACAUCUAAACAAUGUUAACAAAUAAACAUUUUUCUAUUGGAAAAAAGGCAACACUGCUCAUUUUUUGUAUGUUGCACUGCUCUGUGCAAACGAUUACAUGAAUAAAUCGUAGUGU